CUAGCGAAGAGUUCUUCCGGUUGAAAAUGUCGAACCUGUCAUAGUUGUAAAUCAGAAGAAAAUUAGAUGCUUCUUCUAAAUCUCGACGAGACAAUACAGCAGGAAGACCUGUGUCUUUUGAGAAGACAGAAGAGUGUGAUGUGUUGCAAAGAUGGAUGGUUAUUUCUCAUGACACAGCCAGUAUUAACGGAAUAUAUCAUCGUACUUCCCAAAUAACAACAUGGUAUCGUCAAAAUAAGGAAAAAUAGAUGUUCAGUAAUUUCCUGUGGCACCCCAUUGGUUCAGAAGCGACAGCUGGUGGGGCACACAGCUGCUUAUAAAGGACGCAACUACACUUCCAUAAAUGCCAAAUUGGCCUCUCCGAGUGAUCAAAAUGUCGAUGAACAAGAGGAAGAAGACUCUCUUCUCUGGCUUCCUCCUGAUAGGAUUGGUGUACACGAUUGUGCAGUUGACUUACUACCAACAGGCCUACAGUCCAUUACGGGUGUUGGCUAAUGCAGAGAGUGAGGCAAGACGUUUACUGAAGUUUAUCACCCUCUAUCACUAUCAGUGUAACUCCACGAUAGGCAGUGGGAAUGGCACGGCAUGGAGGUUGUGUGCGGAACCAGAUGUUGGAGUAAAUACUGAUUCAACGCUGCCAAAAAUAGCUUAUUCCAUAGGACCAAUGUGGGACUAUGCAUUUGAGACCCUUCUGUCUAGAAACUAUUCAUUUCAACAGUAUAUAUUUUUGCAUUACUCCAUUCCCGUAGUCCUAAGAAAAUUAAAUGGCACUCAUAUCUUCAAGACAGUCAUUGUUCCAAAUGAUCCAGCUGACUUUGGUCGCAACUCCUAUGAGACUCAGACACUGAACAGUAUAACCAGGAAACUAGGCCACACCCACAUUGACAUCCUCAAGCUGGAGGCCUACCUGGACAUUAGUGAUUCACACGAAGUCUUGUUCUUCCUCGUCAAAGAUAACCUUCUCAGGGACGUGCAGCAGCUCCACAUUGUUCUCGAUAUAGAUAAGAUAGAUGAUGACUACCUGUACAACUGGUAUCGCAGCCUGUACGUGCUGUUCCACGAGGCUGGGUUCCGUCUGUACCACACGUCCGCGUCUGACCACCUGUGUCUCCAAGUCACCAUGAUGGAGUCCUGUCGUUACUUUAUGUCCUGGGUGAAGAACCCUGGACCCAGAACAUUCAUACUUUACCCCCCAGCCAUUGAUGGAUCAUAUGAGCUGGAAGAAAAGCGGAUAUUGGACUUCCUUGAACCCAGGGAGCCCAGUUGUCAUGACAAUUCAGAGUUCAUGGUGACAGGCACUAAUGGCAUUUCUCUCUGUGCUGACAUGAUUCAGAAGAAAUCUCAGAAGCCAUGCAACAUUUUCAUUUUCGGUGACAAGCCAGUGGCCCCACCCUCCUCCCUGUCCAGCUUCAAGUCAUGUACAGUCACCACUAUUUUGCCAAUCAAAAUGCACGACAGUUUCGACUUCAAAGUCAGAUCAAACAGUCCUCGGGACAAAUCAUCCUCCCAGACCGAGGUGAUUGUGUCUUUAUCUGACCUGGUGUCGAAACAUCUCCAUGCCAAGCACAUCAACAUCAUCUACAUCUCCCUCCCACACCUCUUCUGGGACAUCAUCACACCCAUGCUGGAUAUGGGAGCUCUUGAGCUUGUGGAUCAAAUCACCGCUGACAUUGUGGUGUUCGACUCUCUCACGGAAAGUAGUCCCAUGGACAUUCGCAGGAAGUACAGUGAACUCAAGAGAAUAGAAGCCUACAAAUUCAAACUGUACGAGAUCACAAAGUUUACUACCAAGACUCUCCACUUCCAGCAACAGAAGUCCUUAUUUGGAGCCUGCUGCUACAGAGUAUCGUUCAUCAAGUCCACAUUUUGAAACAGACAUAGAAAUACGAGGAAGAUGGAUGACUCCUGUGACAUCACAAACUAUUUAUUGAUAUCAUCUGAUCAUAGAUAUGUUUCCAGUCAUAAUUUCUUGCCAAAAUAGUCUAUUAUUACAGCAUCCACUCUCCUCUUAAUGAAUAAUACACAUUGACAGUAGUACAGGUGGUACUGAUUGGGCAGGAGGACUUAAGUGAGUCACACACUGACUUUAAUAGAGCCUGCUAAUCUCAUAUAUCCCCCAAAUGGCUUCCAUCACAUCUGCAGGUCACGUGAACCUCCACAGUGACCCUAUCAGAAUCUUGCCUUGCAGUAACAACUUUUGGUAGGGCAAGUGACCCUCAAAGCACCUGCAUGUUACAUGACCGCCAUUGUGGUCCCUAGAGCACCUGCAGGUUACAUGUCACCACAGUGGUUCGCAGAGCACCUGCAGGUUACAUGACCCCCAUUGUGGUCCCUAGAGCACCUGCAGGUUACAUGUCACCACAGUGGUUCGCAGAGCACCUGCAGGUUACAUGUCACCACAGUGGUUCGCAGAGCACCUGCAGGUUACAUGUCACCACAGUGGUCCCCAGAGCACCUGCAGGUUACAUGUCACCACAGUGGUCCCCAGAGCACCUGCAGGUUACAUGACCGCCAUUGUGGUCCCCAGAGCACCUGCAGGUUACAUGUCACCACAGUGGUUCGCAGAGCACCUGCAGGUUACAUGCCACCACAGUGGUCCCCAGAGCACCUGCAGGUUACAUGUCACCACAGUGGUCCCCAGAGCACCUGCAGGUUACAUGUCACCACAGUGGUCCCCAGAGCACCUGCAGGUUACAUGUCACCACAGUGGUUCGCAGAGCACCUGCAGGUUACAUGAACCCCAAAUAUGGCCACAAUAGCAAGUACUGAUAACAUGAAUCCCAACAAGUGUGUCCAGAGCACCUGCAGGUACAUUAGUCUCGUGGUGGAGCAGGUGCAGAAAUAUACAUCAUCUGGUAAAAGGGGUCGACCAUGAUAAUGACAUGGCGGAAACCCCAGUAGUACUCACUGUUACUGUUGACAUCGUUCCCUCUUAAAGCAUCAUCACCAUCAGCAUGUAACCAUGGUUACCCAGGCAGCUAUCAUAUCCACAGAGUAGACAGUAAACAGCUUCCUGUCAGAGGGUUAAUUUGGCAGUGCUUAUGUUUGGGUAACAGCUGCAAGUUAGAAAAUAAUUACUUGAUAAAAUAUGUCAUAGAGGGUUCCUUGUCUGUCCCGGACCCUGUGUUCUAACAGUCUGUGAUGUAAGCCUGGAAGGGUUUACAGAUACGUUCAGUAACCACACA